CAGUUGGCAUGGGAAGUAGCCCCUUCAAGAAUGACCCUGCUAGCACCCUGGGAUCCCAACUACCAGGUCAAAACAGGACCUUGGCUGGCAUGCAGGGCCAGCUGUGGCUCUGGCACCUCCUUCUCAGGCUGGACACUGUGUCAUCCCUCGUUCUGGCCUCUGUACAAGGCAGCCUCAGGCAGGGGCUUCAGGACCCUGGUCCCUGCAGCAGGGCAUCAGAAUAGAGGGCAGGAGCCCAGGGACACACCAGCUCCACAAGGAAGGGCCCUGAUGAUAUGCUGGGAAAGUGUCUUUCUCUUGGACCCUCUGCUGCCCCUUGGGGGUCGUGUUUCCCUGUACCUGUCCAAGGCCUCCCAGCAGGUGAUGGGUUCCUUGAAGCUGCUGCUCCCACCCCCUGCCAUGUCCCCCUGGGUGGUUCCCAGCCCGUCCCUGGGCAGCUCCACAGUCAUGCUCACAGGGCCCAAGUUUAUUGCCCUCACUGGCCUGCUAUAGAUGAGCCGGGGGAGCCCAAGCCCAGCUCCUCAGCCUCCAUGGCUUCCAUGCCCUUGGCUGACCCCCCCCCCCAGACCCUAUCUCUGA